UGUUAGAUAGGUAGGUACUUAAAAACCGUUAGAAUGUUAUGUGUUAUAGUCACGUCAAGUGCGAUGACGAACAAUAUUAAUUUGUGUUAUAAUAGCAGGUAUAUUCUGCGGUUGAUGUUGGUAUGGAGGUGAUGGGGAUUGUUUUGGUAAAUCUAAACAAAAAUGAUCGGUCAAUGUGACGUUGAGUGAUUUUAUUAACUCCUAUACUGGUGUGUUAAUUGGUGCAAAAAAACUGACAAUCUAAACCUUAACUACUGCAUUUACAGCAUGUGCUGGAAAACGAUAGGUUGAAAUGAUUGAAUUGAAUAUGACGUUAAAAACAUGCUGUAAAUGAUUUAAAUUUUACGUAGAAAAAUGUUGAUUAAAAACAUGUUAAAUGUAUGAAUCUUAACUAACAAUUUGUCUUAGAAAAGGCGAAAUUCAGUAAAUUACACCCAUAACAUAAUCUCUAUGUGUAAAUUGUUUUUAGUAUCGACUAAUAAUUAUCAGCUUACUAUUGCGCAUCGAAUGAAUACCUAAAGACCCAAUUCUAUGUGUAUAUUCGGUUCGAAUCUUUCGAUUUUUCGAUAAUAAACGAAGUUGUGCCUUGUACCUACAUUAACUACAAAGCAUUUUUAUUUUAUUUUGAAAAAAAACGAGUGGUAAAAUUGAUUGACCUUGGGUGUAUAAACGGUCUAGUACCGGUUGACUUCAAACCUAUGUUUUAUUCAUGGUCGUAUGAACUUCAUACGAAUAAUAUUCAAUGCACCAAAUAUGCCAGUUAGUUUUUGUUCUCCGACGUGAUAAAAAGUGCAUAAUAUUUUCAUAUUUACAGUUGCUGUUGUUGUUUACAUAGGUUUAUGGAAUUUAUUUUUAAUUCUUAAAUCAUGGCGCCGAGAACUAGUAGUUGGCCUGUAUGGAGUGGUAUAUUGAGUACGGACAAAAAUAUAAAAUCGGCUGACGAUUGGAUUGGAGCACGCCGAAAGGAAGACGGCGCGGACGAGUUGUGGAGAAUUCACGAUGGGUUGUAUAAUCUUGAACAAUGGAUUCACAAGCACCCUGGAGGAGCACAGUGGUUGGAAAUUACAAAGGGUACCGAUAUCACAGAGUUAUUUGAAUCACACCAUAUAAAUGGCAAAGCUGCGACGGCGGCGAUGAACAAAUUCUAUGUGCGACAGGCAAAGUCGCCCAGGAAAUCGCCUUUCACGUUUAAGCCAGACGGAUUUUAUAACGUGUUGAAGUCUAGAGUCACAAAGAAGUUGUCUUACGUGGACAGCAAUAAUUACCACAUAAAGUCUAUGCUGGUCGUCGAUACAUAUUUUCUCCUCGCACUGGCCUUGUGCGUCGGAGUGGCUCAAACAGAAAACCUUUUCCUAGCAUUUUUGGCUGGCAUUAUUUUAGCACUAGGGACCGUUGCUGCCCACAAUUUCACGCACCUCAAGGACAACUGGAGGAUGUAUUACGUGCAAUUGGUUCUAUUGUCUGUGCGCGAAUGGAGAAUAUCGCAUAUACUUAGUCACCAUAUAUACACAAACACUGUACAAGACUUAGAGAUGUCACUGUUGCAUCCGUUUAUCCAUUGGUUUCCGACUAACGACAAACCGUUUACUGUUCGUUUAUUUCCUUAUCUUACGCCCGUUAUAUAUCCUUUUAUUAUACCUGGACAAUUGGUCAUUAGAACUUUCAAGUGCAAUAAUGACAAAGCUGAUCUUCUAAUGUUUGUUGUACCUGCAAUAUUGAUGUUUUGUGGCCAAAUGACCUUAAGUUCUAUAAUUAUUGCGUGGCUUAUCGUAGUUCUGACAAGUAGUUUUAUGUUUACAUUCAUUGGGUUUAGUGCUUCUCAUCAUUUUCCGGACAACUUUCACGAUGGAGACUAUGUCAAUGAUGAAUUUAUCGAUUGGGGAAUACAUCAAAUGAUAACCAGCGCAGAACGAAGUGAACCGAUCAAUAAUAUAUUUUUAACAAUAGCUACAUUUGGCGAUCAUACAUUACACCAUUUGUUUCCAGCUUUAGAUCAUAGUUUAAUUCCAUUAUUAAAAGACACUUACGAGGAUACAUGUAAAGAAUUUGGUUUGGACCUAACGCCAAAAUCAUUUACAACGAUAAUGCGCGGACAGUUUAAACAAUUAGUUCGCGUUACUCCUAAUAAUCCGAAAAAGAAUAAUAUUGGACCUGACAUUAAACUAGAUAAUAAUAUCUAAAUAUUUUACAAUGCAAUUUGAGUGCAUAUUAUUAUUUAUUUAUAAUGUACGACGUAUACUUAAAAAAAAAAAAUAAGAUACAAGACACAGAUAUACUUCAUACCAACUGGUUUAUAAUAUUUCUAUUUUGAACUAUUAAUGUAUCUGCAGUAUCAUUGACUGAAUAGUUAUUUUAGUAUCUAUUUACAACCAUUAUUCUUUCUACAUUUUUUAAUUACGUGAUUUAAACGAUAAUAUUACGAUUUGGUCAUUUGAGAUGGUUACUGAUUUACUAAUUAUUAAUUAGACAAUAAUAUAGUUUUUUUUUUGUAUAAACAUAAGAAAAUAAAUUACCGAGGCCAUUGGCUUUUAUUUUAAUUAUUCGUAUACCAACGAUUUAGUAUUUAUUUUACACUGUGAUGACAUAAAACAUUGUGAUGAUAACAUUAAAAAGUAUUGGUUUUUAAAUGAUAUGUGACUAUGUAAUAAAAUAUAAAUUAAUGUUUAUAGUGGAAUUAAGUUCUCAGUUGGUAAGUUCUAAUAUUACGUUUAAAUAAACUAUCUAGGUUGUUAUUCAGAAAUACUUUGUAUAAUUAUGUUUAAAUUCUACUUAUAAG